AUGGUGACCAUGAAGAUCUUCUCUCUGUUGCUGACAUCCCUGCUCCUGGCAGUGGUGCUGGGGGAGAAGGAGGAAGGUCACUUCAGGUAGGAACCCUACCCUAAGGUCGGUGGCUCUCAACCUCGAGGCCCAAGAUAUGCUGAGGGGACAUUCAUCAGUGACUACAGUAUUACCAUGGACAAGAUCCGACAGCAAGACUUUGUGAACUGGCUGCUUGCCCAGAAGGGAAAAAAGAAUGACUGGAAACACAACAUCACCCAGAGGGAGGCCCGGGCCCUAGAACUGGUCAGUCAACCUAACAAGGAAAAGCCAAGCUCCCCACCCAAGAACUCCAGUGAUGAAGAUUUGCUAAGGGAUUUGUUGAUUCAGGAGUUGCUGGCCUGGAUGGUAGAUCAGAUGGAGCUCUGCAAACUCAGGUAG